GGAGGAGCGGCUGAGUGUUUUUAAAAAAAAACAUUUUUACAUAAAGUGUGCGAGCAUCGUGAUGAUGAUGAUGAUGACGAUGGUGGUGGUGAUGAUGAUGAUGAUGAUGAUGAUGAUGAUGAUGCUGCUGUUCGGCCAAGCGUGAGGCUCCUGCACCGCCGUGCGGCAGGGCUGCGGUGCUCGGUGGGUUCAGGUGAAUCGAGAGAGCUGCCAGCAUGAGCCUCGCCUCUCUUUCCUUCUUUCUCGCGGGAUAUAACACAGGAAGCAUGUGCGCACAUGUAACGGAUUCACUUUGAUCUCCGGGGACGACCCACGCUCCUCGGGUGUAAUGGUUCCUUCUGACCUGCAGUGCGCGCGCCGGCGCGCGCCCUCUCCACGGAUGUUGGUUAAUUGGGCCCAAUGAUGUGGAGCCGAAUCCACCUGGACCUGCUGGCCCCGCCCCCCUCGGCCAAACCGGCUCCCCUGUGACAUGUGCGCAUGUUCAAUUGUUUUUUUUUAAAAAUUUAAUUCCCAGAGCUUUUAAAAAACAACAAAAAAAACAAAAACAUCUGAUAAUUGUUUUGGAUAACCCCAUCUGGAUUUUGGAAAAAAUAUUUUUUUAAGGAGUUAUUGGUCGCCUCUUUUACGAUUGACUUUGUGGAUUGUUUCAACCAUGGGUUCUUAUGAAAGACAUUCAACGCAGCUCCUCUUUGGGACUAAGUAGUUUCCUGCACAUCGCUUGGCAGUGGAACACAACCCCCCCCCCCCCCCCUUGCAUUUUUAAUCAGCUGAAGGAAAGGCACGUUGUGUGUUGUUGCCUCCAGCAUGUCCAGACCAAACAGUGUCAGCCCACCCGGAGUCGGUGCGCCUGGGCUGAGGGGAGGGACCGAGCACAGAUCAGCUUGGGGAGAGUCUGAGUCCGUGGCCAACGGGUGCCCAUACUCAGCCAGGUCCCCGCGCAAGAAGCUCACCCGGACCAACAGCCGCUGGAGGGAGGAGGAUGACCCGGACCACCGGCAGCCUCCCGGGCGAGCCACCACCACCACCACCGCGGUCAGCAGGGUCAGCUUCAGGUCCCGGUCGGCUUGGCAGGACCAUGGCGAGGAGCACCGAGGCCGCGCGUCGCCCAAGCGCGCCGGCGACGAGGUGAGACCCAAGUCCGUGGAGCUGGGUCUGGAGGAGCGCAGAGCCAGGCCGAGGGCCGACGAGGAGCCGGCCAUGCCCGACGUCGACUUCUCCGUGGCGGCGUGCUGCACGGGCGUCGUGCGCAUUUUCAAAUCCAAGAAAUUCCAGUCGGAGAAGCUGGAGCGCCUCUACCAGCGCUACUUCUUCCGCCUGAACCAGAGCAGCCUGACCAUGCUCAUGGCCGUGCUGGUGCUGGUCUUCGCGGUCAUGCUGGGCUUCCACUGCUCCUCCGGCGCGGGCCGGCCGAGCGUCACGUACGCGGCGGUCUUCUCCGCGGCCAUCGUCCUCACGCUGGUGCUCAUGGUGGUGUGCAACCGCAACGCGUUCCACCAGGACCACAUGUGGAUCGUGUGCUACGCGGUCAUCCUGCUGGUGCUGGCGGUGCAGGUGGUCGGCGUGCUGCUCGUGCGGCCGCGCAGCGCGUCCGAGGGCAUCUGGUGGACCGUGUUCUUCAUCCAUGUCAUCUACACGCUGCUGCCCGUCCGGAUGCGCGCCGCCGUCGUCACUGGACUCGUGCUCUCCGCCAUCCACGUGGCCGUCUCCUGGACGUUGAACGGCGUGGACAGCUUUCUGUGGAAGCAGAUAGUGUCCAACGUGCUCAUCUUCUCCUGCACCAACAUCGUGGGCGUGUGCACGCAUUACCCCGCCGAGGGCUCCCAGAGGCAGGCCUUCCAGGAGACCAGGGAGUGCAUCCAAGCUCGCCUUCACUCCCAGAGGGAAAACCAGCAGCAGGAACGUCUCCUGCUGUCAGUGCUUCCCCGCCACGUUGCCAUGGAGAUGAAAGCCGACAUAAACGCCAAGCAGGAGGACAUGAUGUUUCACAAGAUCUACAUCCAGAAGCACGACAACGUCAGCAUCUUGUUCGCGGACAUCGAGGGCUUCACCAGUCUGGCCUCCCAGUGCACGGCGCAGGAGCUGGUGAUGACUCUCAACGAACUGUUCGCCCGUUUCGACAAGCUGGCAGCGGAGAACCACUGUCUGCGGAUCAAGAUCCUGGGCGACUGCUACUACUGCGUGUCGGGGCUGCCGGAGGCGAGGGCCGACCACGCCUCCUGCUGCGUGGAGAUGGGGAUGGACAUGAUAGAGGCCAUCUCGCUGGUACGGGAGGUGACGGGGGUGAAUGUGAACAUGCGGGUGGGCAUCCACAGCGGCAGGGUGCACUGCGGCGUGCUGGGACUCAGGAAGUGGCAGUUUGAUGUGUGGUCCAAUGACGUCACACUAGCCAAUCAGAUGGAAGCUGGGGGCCAAGCUGGGCGUAUUCACAUCACCAAGGCCACUCUGAACUAUCUGAACGGGGACUAUGAUGUGGAGGCAGGAUCAGGGGGAGACAGAAACGUCUACCUGAAGAAGAACAACAUAGACACCUACCUCAUCGUGGGCUGCAGUCAGAAACGGAAAGAGGAGAAGGCGAUGAUUGCCAAGAUGAGCCGGCAGCGGACCAACUCCGUCACUCACAACAGCGGCCACUGGACCGACCGGCCCUUCUACAACCACCUGGGAGGAAACCAGGUCUCCAAGGAGAUGAAGAGGAUGGGAUUCGAAGACCCCAAGGACAAGCAUUUCAAUUUCAGAAACACGCAGGAAAACCUCAACCCGGAGGACGAGGUGGACGAGUUCCUGGGCCGGGCGAUCGACGCGCGCAGCAUCGACCGCCUGCGCUCGGAACACGUCAAGAAGUUCCUGCUCACCUUCAGGGAGCCCGACCUGGAGAAAAAGUAUUCCAAACAGGUGGACUCCCGGUUCGGGGCGUACGUGGCCUGCGCCUCCCUCGUCUUUCUCUUCAUCUGCUUCAUCCAGAUGGUCAUCGUGCCGCCCUCCAGUCUGAUGAUCGGCUUCUUCACCACCUGCCUCAUUAUCCUGACGGCGGUGAUGUUCGUCUCGGCCAUUUACUGCUGUUUCGGGCUGUUCCCAGUCGCUCUGCAGAUGCUCUCGAAGAAGAUCGUCCAGUCGCGACUGAACAGCACCCUGGUGGGCGUCUUCACCAUCGUCAUCGUCUUUCUCUCUGCCUUCAUCAACAUUUUCACGUGCAGCAGCCACGACCUGCGGAGCUGCAUCCGCGCGGAGCUCAACGUGAGCCUGGACAGCGUCAACGCCUGCCACGCCCACAUCCUCAACUUCAGCCUGGACGCGCAGCGCAGCCCCUGUGCAGACGACGCCCUCAUCUGCAGCUUUCCUGAGUACUUCUCGUGCUGCGUGCUGCUCAGCCUGCUGGCCUGCUCCGUCUUCCUGCAGGUCAGCAGCCUCGGCAAGCUCUUCCUCAUGCUCUUCAUCGAGCUGCUCUACCUGCUCAUCAUGGAGGUGCCCAAAGUGAGCCUGUUCGACAACCAGGACCUGCUGGUCAUGGCCAACGCCAUCGACGUCGCCGAGAACGGAACAAGCUGCGUGGUGGACUCCAAAGUGCCCCUGAAGAUCAUGACCCCGGUGGUCAUCACCGUCUUCGUGCUCGCCCUCUACCUCCACGCCCAGCAGGUGGAGUCCACCGCCCGACUCGACUUCCUCUGGAAGCUGCAGGCCACGGAGGAGAAGGAGGAGAUGGAGGAGCUGCAGGCCUACAACCGCCGGCUGCUCCACAACAUCCUGCCCAAGGACGUGGCGGCGCACUUCCUGCAGCGCGAGCGGCGCAACGACGAGCUCUACUACCAGUCGUGCGAGUGCGUCGCCGUCAUGUUCGCCUCCAUCAGCAACUUCUCCGAGUUCUACGUGGAGCUGGAGGCCAACAGCGAGGGGGUGGAGUGUCUGCGGCUGCUCAACGAGAUCAUCGCCGACUUCGACGAGAUCAUUAGCGAGGACCAGUUCCGGCAGCUGGAGAAGAUCAAGACCAUCGGCUCCACCUACAUGGCGGCCUCCGGCCUCAACGACUCCACGUACGACAAGGUCGGCCGCACGCACAUCCGCGCCCUCGCCGACUACGCCAUGAGGAUGAUGGACCAGAUGAAGUACAUCAACGAGCACUCGUUCAACAACUUCAAGAUGAAAAUAGGUCUCAACAUUGGCCCCGUGGUUGCCGGGGUGAUCGGGGCCAGGAAGCCGCAGUACGACAUCUGGGGGAACACGGUGAACGUGGCGAGUCGCAUGGACAGCACCGGUGUACCGGAGAGGAUCCAGGUGACCACUGACCUGUACCAGGUGCUGAGCUCCUACAACUACACGCUGGAGUACAGAGGGGUGGUCACGGUCAAGGGCAAAGGAGACAUGAUGACCUAUUUCCUGACCAGCGGACCCCCCAGCAGUUAACGGCUACACUCACUGACAGAGACACAUGUGGGGGGGGGAGCAGCCUCACGGACCUCUGAGGACUGAGACCGAGCGCGGCGCAGGAUCCCUCUGGACCCCACGACGACGGAUGAGGAACCCCAUCCCAAAGCUCGGCCCUGCGGAGGAGGAGGAGCCUGACUCUGACGUCCAGACCAAAGAUGUCCAAUCAGAGCCCGACAGACAAAGACAGAUUUCCCGAAAAGGAGAUUUGAUUCGCUUCCAAUCCGCCCAGAUUAAUUUUUUUCUUUCUUUUGGGACCAAACCUCUCGGGGGGGGGGGGGGGGGGGGGAGAGACACGGGACUCUUCGUCACUUCCUCCUCCUCUUCCUCUUCUGCCUUUUCCCCUGCUGAAGUAAAACAUGUAAAACACACAGUUUUAUGUGUACGACUUGAUGUACUGUAUUGUAAAACACAACUUUGUUGUCCAUGUCGUCGUGGCGCAGGGACGGACGAUCCCUCCGGAGUGUGUGGACACUCACAGCCGGCGACCACAUCCGCCUGUGGUCACGUCGGCGACCCGCUGACCGACGGAGGAGUUGCACUAUCUUAUCGGUGACGCGUGACGGGAACACGCUGGACUACGCUCACGCUCCCCGUCACGAACUCACGGCGCGGUAUCGCCAGCGCGCACACACACACACACACACACACACACACACGCGCGGUUUCACAAACGAGAGGAUGUCAACGAAGAAGAGCUUUUUUUUCUAAUCUACUCGACAUUUUGUAUUUCGACUUUCGGAACACCGGACGAACCCCCCUAUGAGAUAUUUUAAGAUUCUAUAUUUUGUACAUUAAUAUAUUAGUAGAGAGCUCUAUCUAUAAACACCGAUUGUGUAUUCCAGAUGUACAUACUCUUUAUCACGCUCACGUUGGGAUGUCAGAGAAAAGUCCCCGCUGGCGUUUUGCCCGGACAUGCACCUGAACACCCCCUUUUUUUUUGUUUUCUUUUGUUUUUUUGUUUUUUUUUGAUCUGCAGGAAGUGAAGAAAGAAACAGAAAAAGCCAUUUUGCACCCCGGUGCAUUCAGCCGUCCACCCCCUUCCUGCACCACCACUCCCCCCCCACCCCCUCUCCUUGCUUGCUCAAUCAGAUGGUACGACCCAAUGAAUGUCCGGCGAUCUCCGAUGAGGCCUUUAACAUGAACUCUGUGCCACUGCGACGGUGACGAUGCUCAUCCUGUGGACGGGGGGGGGGGGACACGCCCAAAAUGGAAAUGUGCCCUUUUAUCUGCUGGUUCGUUUGUUUUUCUGUUUCUCAUCGGAGCAGUUUUUCUUCAGUAUUACAACACUUGUCAUGCAACAAGCCGUCUUCAACGUGGCCAUAACAUAUGUUCGUACUACGAUGUUGUUGCGUCCGCUGGUUCUGUUUGUCUCGGCCACAGAGUCGCAGAGAGUGUCGCGGUUUUAUCCGGAAGGAAGCGGUAAAUUUGAGGCGGAAGCUCAAAUGAUGAGGAUAUUAUUAUUAUUACUCAAGAUUUGUUUUAAAUUUGUCAACGCGUCUCAUGAGAAACACCAAAAUCAACAGUUACAAUCAUGUGUUACUUUCUGACUUCUCUAGCACUCAACCUUUAACAGUCAACUCUUUCAAACACUAGUGUCAGUGAACGUUACUCAAACGGGAGUAAAUGGAUCAUUUAUCUGGACUAUUUAUUUAUUUAAGACUCAUUUGUUGGAUUAUUGUACGAAGGAUUGAAUUAACCUCAAAUACACUGUAUGGAGUCUUCACUGUGCCGCUGGAAUAAUUGUAGACUUUUUAAAAGUUUUUACCCAGUCUAUUAAUAAUCUGAUCAAUUUUUUAAAUAUUUUUUUCAAAUUGGUGUCGAAAGCGAUGCCAAAAAAAUCUUUUUAGCAUUUUAAAAAAGACCAAUCAAAGCCUCAGGACAGUAGCUGGACUUUGAUUGGCCCGCUGCAAUGUGCUGGUAGACGUCUGGCCAAUCAGAGCUUAUGAAUGAGCUAUGUUUCUUCUAAUAAAAGAUCUUUAGAAUGUAUCAAUUUAUCUUAAUUAGAAAACAAACGUUUAAAUCAUAAUUCCAGUGGCACACUUCAGGUUCUAUUACUGUUUCCAUGCUUCUUUUUUUUAAGUUUUAUUUUGGACCUGUGACCUGUUCUGGGUUUUGCCCCGCCUCUCGCCCAAUGACUGCCUCCCCACCCCCCACCCCCCCACCACCAGGCCAGAUAAUCCACUAUAUGACAGAUGGAGGGUUUUCGCACAGUGAAUACUUGUUAGAGGAACAAAUUCAUAGUUGAUUUUGGUCUUUUCAUUGAACUUUGUUCACGGUAAAGAAAAACCAACCUUAUUCGUUUGAAGUGUUGAUGGUUUCUCAGAUAUCAAGAGGAACGUUGCUUUGGGCCUGUUCGACUCCUGGUCCUGAGUCUGGUCCGCUCACUCUGCUGGUGUCUGUUGGGCUCAUAAUGUGUCUGAAACAUCACCGCCGCUGCAAAGAUCCACGUGAUGCUUCCUUUGUCUCACCCGAACGCGGUGCCAUUCCGCGCCCCCACUACGUCGAGUCUUUUCUCCCCCUCACCCACUGUUGACUGUGCAGGAAUGUGCCAUUGGAAAACACCGGGCGGGAGGUUUUGUGGAGCGGAGUCACAGAUCUGAGAUGAAGGCGGAAACUUGGAACGUGACUGUGGGUGGAUGAAAAGAGCAGAAGCAGCCUUUUUCGUUUCUCCAGCUGAGAAACUCCUCGCGGUGGUUUCUGACAAGGUGAGGCAGCUUCAGAGACACAACGAAAAACCUGUGGGUCGUUUUUCAUUGUCAUGCCAAAACACUAUGCUUUCUUUUUCCUUUUUUACAGUUCAAUAAACUGCUGAGAUUCUUCACAGGUA